CCCCAGGCCGCCGAGGGACGGCGGGGCCGGCGCCAUGGCCGAGCGGGGCCGUCUCGGCCUCCCCGGCGCGCCGGGCGCGCUCAACACGCCGGUGCCCAUGAACCUGUUCGCCACCUGGGAGGUGGAUGGCUCCAGCCCUAGCUGUGUGCCCAGGUUAUGCAGCCUAACCCUGAAGAAGCUGGCAGUUCUCAGAGAGUUGGAGAAGGAGCUGAUGUCCGUGGUGAUUGCAGUCAAGAUGCAGGGCUCCAAAAGGGUCCUGCGGUCUCAUGAGAUUGUGCUGCCCCCCAGUGGACAAGUGGAGACUGACCUGGCCCUGACCUUCUCUCUUCAGUACCCUCACUUCUUGAAGAGAGAAGGCAACAAGCUUCAGAUCAUGCUGCAGCGCAGGAAACGAUACAAAAACAGGACCAUCCUGGGCUACAAGACCCUGGCUGUGGGCUCCAUCAACAUGGCGGAGGUGAUGCAGCACCCCUCAGAGGGUGGCCAGGUGCUGAGCCUCUGCAGCAGCAUCAAGGAGGCCUCUGUCAAGGUGGCUGAGAUCUGGAUUGUCUCCCUGUCCAGCCAGCCCAUUGACCACGAGGACAGUGCCAUGCAGGCCGGCCCCAAGGCCAAGUCCACAGAUAACUACUCUGAGGAGGAGUACGAGAGCUUCUCCUCUGAGCAGGAGGCCAGUGAUGAUGCUGUGCAAGGGCAGGACCUGGAUGAGGAUGACUUUGAUGUGGGCAAAGCUGAGAAGCAGCGGAGCUCGAUAGUAAGAACGACGUCCAUGACCAGGCAACAGAACUUCAAGCAGAAGGUUGUGGCCCUGCUGCGGAGAUUUAAAGUGUCAGAUGAGGUCCUGGACUCAGAACAGGACCCCACAGAACAUGUCCCUGAGGCGGAGGAGGACCUGGACCUUCUCUAUGACACGCUGGACAUGGAGAACCCCAGUGACAGUGGGCCUGACAUGGAAGAUGAUGACAGCGUCCUCAGCACCCCCAAACCCAAGCUCAGGCCGUACUUUGAGGGCCUGUCACACUCCAGCUCACAGACAGAGAUCGGGAGCAUCCACAGUGCCCGGAGCCACAAGGAGCCUCCAAGCCCAGCUGAUGUGCCUGAGAAGACACGGUCCUUGGGAGCCAAGCAGCAGAGUGACAGCAUCUCAGACACGGUGGCCCUGAGCACACCAGCCUCACGGGAGCCGGCAGAACUGCCUGAGGACAGCCCUGAGGCUGAGACCUCCACACUGGAUGUGUUUACUGAGAAGUUGCCACCCAGUGGGAGGAUCACCAAGACAGAAUCACUUGUCAUCUCAUCUACCAGGUCUGAGACGAAGCCAGCUGGCCGCCGGGGCCGGAGCACAUCCCUGAAGGAGCGGCAGCCAGCACGACCACAGAAUGAGCGGGCCAACAGCCUAGACAAUGAGCGCUGCCCAGACACGAGGAGCCAGCUGCAGAUCCCCAGGAAGACUGUGUAUGACCAGCUGAACCACAUCCUUAUCUCUGACGACCAGCUCCCUGAGAACAUCAUUCUUGUCAAUACCUCUGACUGGCAGGGGCAGUUCCUUUCUGAUGUCCUGCAGAGGCACACACUCCCUGUGGUGUGCACGUGCUCCGCUGCUGAUGUCCAGGCAGCCUUCAGCACCAUUGUCUCGCGGAUACAGAGAUACUGCAACUGCAAUUCCCAGCCCCCGACCCCAGUGAAGAUUGCAGUGGCAGGAGCGCAGCAUUACCUCAGCGCCAUCCUGCGGCUCUUCGUGGAACAGUUGUCCCACAAGACACCUGACUGGCUUGGCUACAUGCGCUUUCUCAUCAUCCCACUGGGUUCCCACCCCGUGGCCAGGUACCUGGGCUCCGUGGACUACCGCUACCACAACUUCUUCCAGGACCUGGCCUGGAGAGACCUGUUCAAUAAACUGGAGGCCCAGAGUGCAGCACCACCUCCUCGUGCAGUGCAGGACACACCAGACAUCGUGUCGCGCAUCACCCAGUACAUCGCAGGUGCCAACUGUGCCCACCAGCUGCCCAUUGCUGAGGCCAUGCUGACCUACAAGCAGAAGAGGAAAAGGCAUUUUCACUUUGACUUUGCCCUAAGCCCUGAUGAAGAGUCCUCCCAGAGGUUCAUUCCCUUUGUUGGGGUUGUGAAGGUUGGGAUUGUGGAGCCAUCCUCUGCCACGUCAGGUGACUCAGAUGAUGCAGCCCCCUCAGGCCCCAGUGUGCUCUCCUCCACUCCACCGUCCACGUCGCCUGCAGCCAAGGAGGCCUCACCUACCCCGCCGUCCUCCCCAUCAGUGAGCGGAGGCCUAUCCUCCCCUAGCCAAGGUGUCGGCGCCGAGCUCAUGGGACUACAGGUGGAUUACUGGACAGCAGCACCUCCUGCAGACAGGAAGAGGGAUGCCGAGAAGAAGGACCUGCCCACCACCAAAAACACGCUCAAGUGCACUUUCCGGUCCCUCCAGGUCAGCAGGCUGCCCAGCAGUGGCGAUGCCACAGCCACACCUACCAUGUCCAUGACUGUGGUCACCAAGGAGAAGAACAAGAAGGUGAUGUUUUUGCCCAAGAAAACGAAAGACAAGGACGUGGAAUCCAAAAGCCAGUGUAUCGAGGGCAUCAGCCGCCUGAUCUGCACAGCCAAGCACCAGCAGAACAUGCUGCGGGUCCUCAUCGACGGCGUGGAGUGCAGUGAUGUCAAGUUCUUCCAGCUGGCCGCCCAAUGGUCCUCGCAUGUGAAGCACUUCCCCAUCUGCAUCUUCGGACACUCCAAGGCCACCUUCUAGCCCUACUCACCGAGAGGCCACCACAGGACCACACAGGACCACGGAGAGGCCCAUGUUUCUGUUAACAUUUGAGUUUACUACAAAGACAGAUCCUUAAAAACACAAAGAAACAGUCUUAAGUCCGAAUGUGCUCACAGCUGGAAACUAAGGUCAGCUCCCUGCUGGGUGCUGAGUAAUCGCUCUGCUUAUUAACCAGACAUUUGGCCCAGCAAAUGCAAGGCUGUGGGGCCCAGAGAGGUUUUGCUUCAUCUGCAGGAGCCCCCAGAGCCUACAGCAAGGAGGGUUCUGCCUGAGUCCUGCCCUUUCCAGAAGCCAGGAUACUGCUUCCUCUGGAAGCUUUGAGCUUGGUGGCAAGAGGCCAAAGGUUGCAGGCAUGCUCAGCUUCCUGACAGAGGACACCCCCAAUCCCAGGACCACCCAUGUGGGGCUCCCAAUAAACUCCAGCCUCCAAGCAGAGGUUUUAUAGUAGCAGAUCUUUCUAAUGCUCUCAAAUACACGUUACUGUAUAGCUGCCAAACAGUUGCUCUUCUGAAGUCCCCAGCAGGUCUUGCCCUACUCCAGCCCCUCACUGGUCAGAGACUGAGGCUGUGCAGACUUUGUCAGUCCCAGAGGUUCCCUACAGAUAGCCCACUGUCCAGGCUGUUCUGCUGUACCAUUUGCACACCCCACUUGCCUGCUGUCCAGGACUGGUUCUGGUUCUGCUGGUAUCUGGGUUGGGAUCCAGGACUCUGGUCACCUGGUGAGCAGGUGUCCAUGGAAGACCUUCAGCAACUGUGUGGGCAGAGGGAGGUCAGGCAGGCUGGCCUGUCACAGGGCCAGGCACACUUGCAGUGCUGGGGCCCUCCUGGCCAAACUCCUGAGAGCAGCAUGUUGCAUUAGGACCCUACCCUGGGGGAAGCCCUACCCUAACUCGCCCAUGAAUGAGAAGGCUGUCCACCUGACAGCCAGCCCCAGCAGAUGACAGCUCAGUGCUGCCUCCCCCACGAAGUUCACACCUGGGGUCUCCUAAGAAAGGCCACCUAGCCUCUUCCUUGGCUAUGAACACUAGUGACCCUCCCUGCCGGGGAAAUAGCUCAGUAGAGUAAGUGCUUGCCUGGCAAGUACAAGGACCUGAGUUCAAUUCCCGGUUCCGCAAAAAAAACACCAACUAGUGACCCUCCCAGAAGCUCUGGGCCUGGUGUCUUGAGAGCUGUAUAAGCUUACUCAGAAAACAGUGCCCAACUGCAGGACUGGCUUAGUCACAGAGGAGUCUCCAUUUUCCUGGGAAGAGGGUGGUCCAUUUCCUCACCAGUUAUCUACCUGCUUACCUGUUCCCUUCUCAGGUGGCUGAACAGUUUGUCCAGGGGGGGAACCCUGGGGAUAGCAACUAGGUCUGGGUUCUGCCCCAGUGCCCUGGAUGCAAAUCUUGGACAGCCUGAGAACGUCCUUCUGAUUAACCCCUGUGGCUCCCCGGUCACCUAGGAGUAGAGCCUGAGGCACUGCCUGGCAGAUAGCCUCUGGAGAAAGGGAUCAGGCUAGCUCAGUGUCAAGGCCUUCAGAGCCUAUUGUAUCUUCUUACCCAGUUUCUUCCUAAAAAUCACAUUGGUAGGAAAGGAGCUGCCUAGGCACCUUGCUGUGGGCAGCCCUUCCUGGGAGACCACCUCCCCUGGGAUUGGCUCCACAGCCCCACCCUUGCUCAGGUAAGGAGAGUGGAGAGGGUCUGGGUGGAACCUGCGUCCA